AUGGCGGAUGAAGCGCCUACUUUCCGCCUCUUUGUGGCCAGCUUUACGGACUUCCUCGUCGUCGCCAUCCACACGAUUCUGUACGAGCGCGGAAUCUACCCGCAAACAUCUUUCCUCUCCGCGAGACGAUAUAACUUCGCGGUCCGUCAGAGUCGGCAUCCGAAAGUCUGCGAAUGGAUCACCGAUGCAGUAGCAUCUGUGGAGUCAGAGCUGCUGAAAGGCACCGUGGACAGAAUUUCAGUUGUGAUAUACAGCAAGCAAAACAAGCCCUUGGAACGCUUCAUGUUUGACGUAUCUCGCUUCCCGACGGUGCCCACUUCAGACCUGGAUGUGCCUCUGGAAAGUGCAGACGUGGAAGGAUCGUCGCCAUCUGUUCUGCCGCUUGUGGAUCUGGAAGAACAAAUGAGAGCUACGAUGAGCAGGCUAUCGAACUGUAGUGCUUCGCUCGAUGUGCUGCCGAAGAGCUGCACGUUCACGAUUGCUGUGGAGUUGAAGGGUGAGGACGAUGCACCCCUGACACACCCUCAGCCAUGGAUUCCAGUUCAAGGCAGCGAUGAAAGCUUAGGUGAGGUCAAUGGCAAGCGCACGUUGCCGCUCAGAGCCGUCCGUGCCGGUGAGAUGGCGUUUGAGACAUGGGUCGAGGAGCUGAGCGAGAAAGCGGCGCAGGACAGCAACACAAGUUCGUUGCCCUGA